CGUGGAGCUGAGUGAAUUGCGGUUUGCCCGAUGCUAGUUUGAAUUUUCCACCGGGGACAACCAAACAGUUUGUGUAUGUGAUAAAGGAGCGUCGCGCCCAAAGUUGUAAACAUGAGCUGGGCGGUGGAGGAGUGGAAGGAUGGACUUCCAGGGAAAGCCCUGCAGAAGAUCCAGGAGAUGGAAGUCCAGCUGGAUAAACUGAAGAAGGACAGGAACCAGAAACAGUUUCAGCUGGACUCCUUGGAGGCUGCCUUGCAAAAACAGAAACAAAAGGCGGACAGCGAACGCUCUGAGACCUCUGCUUUGAAAAGAGAGAACCAGUCUUUAGUAGAGUCGUGUGACUCGUUGGAGAAAGCCCGUCAGAAGGCCGUCCAUGACCUCGGGGUCAAAGAGCAGCAGGUGAGCUACCUGGACGGUCAGCUGAACUCCUGCAGGAAGACCAUAGAGCGACUGGAGCAGGAGCUCAAGAAGUACAAAAAUGAACUGGAUCGCUCCCAGCCUGCUGGCUCCUCCUCCUUGUCAUCAUCAUCCUCUGACAUUCAGCCCUACACCACUCCACAGAAGACUUUCUCUACCCCAGCUCCUGUCUCAGCCUACAAACAGCACGAUAACAGACUAGAUGAGCUUCAGGAGAAAUAUGCCCAGGAGGUAGAAGACAGAAAAAGACUGGAGACUGAACUCAAAGUCCUGCAGGUCAAACUGUUGAAUCAGUCCUCAGUCAGUGUAAGCCACAAGGACAUUGCCGCCCGCCAAGCUGGAUCUUCCAUAUUCCCAUGGCAAAAGCAGGAUCCGUCCCACAGCCGCCUGUCUCAGGAUGCAAUGGAAACGCCUCUAAAGAGGCGGGGAACAUCCCUGUGGGACGCCCACGAAGAGACGCCUAUUAAAACGAGCCAACGGAUGAGCUCUUCCACAGUAGUGCAGAGUCCCUGUGGAUCGUCCCAACAGACGGAGCAGCUGAAGACCAUCAACCAAGAGCUGCGUGGCCGUGUGUCAGAGCUGGAGAGGAAUCUGUCCAGUCAGGAGAAGGAGAUCCGUAGCCAGGCCUCCAAGCUGCAGGAACUACAAACCCAACUGAACCAGGCCCGCAAAGAGCUGACAGAACGGGACAGAGACCUGGCCAAGAGCAGCCAGGAGCUGAGUCAGGCCACAGACAGACACCAGCAGCUGGUGGCCAAGUGUUCUUCAGUGGAGCAGAAGCUAAAACAGGUGUCGGAGGAGAUGAACUGUCAAAGACACAACGCUGAGAGCUGCAAACGAGCACUGGAGCAGAAACUCAAGGACCAAGAGAGAAACAGUCAGAAGGAGCUGGCCCAGCUGCAGACUGCUCAUCAGGCUUUGGAUCAGCAGCUGAACCAGACCAGAACCAAACUAACCCAGGAGAUCCAACAGUCCAAAAAAGACCUUAACGUAGUGCAGGCCGACGUGGAGAAGAUGUGCUUCCAGAAGAGUCAGAUGGAGAAGGAGGUGGAGGAGCAGAAACAGAAACUGCUGAGGUCAGAGCAGAGCCUCCAGGCCAGUCAGACCAAAGAGCAGGACCUCCGCAAGAAAAUGGAGGAGCUGCAGAAAGAGAAGAACAGUGUGACUGUCCAGCUGGACCAGAGCAGCAGGCGUCUGAGUCAGCUGGAGGAGGAGAAGAAGAGCGCCGACCAGAGCUUCAAACGCACUCAGGGAUUACUGGACGACCUUAAAGCUAAAUCUGAGGGCCAGUCGGAAGAGCUGAAGAGACUUCAGGUGAAACUGGAGCAGCAGACUCAGGCUUCAGCUAGAGAGCUGGAACACCUGAAGAAGACCCUUUCUGAUGCAGAGACCAAACAUGACAGAUGUCAGAGUGAAGUGCAGAAACAGAAGCAGGAGGCAGAGAAGCUCACCAACAGACUGACAGUCUUAGAAAAGGAGAGCCAGGACCUGAGAUCCCAUCUCACUGUGAGUCAGAACGAGGCUAAGGAACUGAAACAAGAGCAUCAAACUCUGCUGGAGUGGAAGAAAGAAAAGGAGACCUUGAUUAAUGAAACGGAGACUGUGCAGAAAGACCUCACUGACAAAAUAGACAACUUGGAGAAAAGCCUCAUCUCGCUGAAUGAAGCUAAUGAUGACGUUAAGAAGCAGCUGACGAGCGUAGAGGGAGACAAGGCCAAUCUGUCUGCUCACAUCGAUUCCCUGAAGGGAGAACUCCUCAACAAGAGCACAGAGCUGGAAGAGAGGGAGCAUCAGUACAACCAGCUGCAGUCUCAACUCUCUGAGGCUGGACACAAGCACACCAAAGACCUGGAGAACGUUGCAGUGCAGGUGGCUCAGCUUGAAGUACAGGUCAAAGGUCUGGAGUUGCGUUUGCAAAAGGAAAUGAGUCGAGCAGAGCAGGCUGAGAGGACCAACACAGAGCUGCAGGAGGAGCACCAGGCAGCCUGCGACCUGGCUCGCUCCAAAGACCAGCUAGUGGAGUUGGGCCAGACGGAGAUCAGCCAGCUGAGAGACAGCCUCAGUCAAGCCACUGCACAGCAGGAGGAGCACACUGCCAGGUUGGCAGAGGAGAAGGCAGCUCUGCUGAAGCAGUGUGAGGAAAGUGUUUCAGCAAAGGAUGAAGAGACGGAGCAGCUCAAAUUGCAGCUGGAGGAGAUCCAGCAAGAACUGCUGCUCACCAAGAACCAGGUCAGUUCCACAGAUCAGCUCCUGAAAGCCCAGGAGCAACUGGGAGCUGAGCUACAGAAGCAACUGAAGGCGCUGUCAGACAGUGAAGAGCAACACAAGAAGAUGCAUGAGAAGACCUCAGAAGAGCUCAGACAAUUGGAGGAGGAGCUAAAGGAUCUGCAGAGCAGCUGCGGAGAGCUGGAGGAGCAGCUCCGACAGGCUGAAGCUCACAUUUUGUCUCUGGAGAAACAAAAGGCUGAGCUGGAAAAUGCAGCUCAAGAGUCAAAGAAAGAGGCUGAGAUCAUCCAGCAGGGUCAUACUGAGCAGAUCAACAACCUUCUGGAGCAGAAAUCUUCCUUAGAAGAGGAGCUAAGUGCCAGCAGAGAGGCAGCUGAGAAGCUCCCAGUCUUGAAGAAUGAAAUGGAUGUGGUCAGCCAGUCCAACAGUGAUCUAAAGAAGCAUCUAGAAGCUCUUGAGAAGAGUCACUCCUCCGCUGUUGAAAUAAAGUUGAACCUGGAGAACACCCUGACUGAGAAGGUGAAUCUGAUCCUUACUUUGGAGAAGGAGGUGGAAGAGCUCACAGAGAAGAGCAGCAAGGAGUCAGAGAGUCGUGCUUUGGAGGCUCAACAUUUCCUCGACAAAGAGAAGAUGCUCAAAGAGAAGCUCGAAGCCGCCAAGAAAUCACUAAGUGCUGCUAAAGUGGAAGCAAGUUCUCGACGGGAGGAGAUUAAGAGCAUGAAGACGACCCUGUCGGCUGCUUCACACGGCUUAGAAGAGAGAGACGACACCAUUAAGAGUCUGAAGGAGAAGCUGAACAAGGCCGAGGCAGAGCAGGCCAAGACCUCCGAUCUCCUCAAGGAGAAGGUGGUUGCCAUGAACAAAAUCAAGGUGCAGCUGGAGAUGCUGCAGAUGGACCUGGAGGACAACGAGACCGCCAUGAAUUCUUGUGACAGUCAGGUGGAGGAACUGAAGGGAACCAUAGAGUCACUGGAGGCCCAGCUAGCUCACAACCAAACCCAGAUGUCUGACAUGGAGGUCAGGCUGGAGGACAGCAAAGCACAGGUCUCUGUCUUGGAAACACGCUUAGAGGAGGUCCAGGCUCAGAACUCUGUGCUGGAGACGCAGUAUGUCACAGCUAGGGAGGAGCUGCUGGAGAAGAGCUGUGAAAUAAGUCGCCUGGAAGAGCUGGAGGAGAGUGUUUCUACUUUAGAGUCGAAACUCAGUGAGACCAGAGAGGAAAAUAUCAAGUUAGACACAACUCUGAGGCAGAUAAUCCAGGACAAAGACAAUAAUCUGAACCAGUUACAACAAGAGAUAAACAGCCUCGAAACUACUUUGAAACAGGUAACAGAUUACAAAGAGCAAGUAGAAGCUGAAAUGGUUCAAGUAAACGCAGAGAAGAAACAGCUGGAGGAGAGUGUUUCUACUUUAGAGUCUAAACUCAGUGAGACCAGAGAGGAUCAUUUCAAGUUGGAGACAACUCUCAGGCAGAUAAUACAGGACAAAGACAAUAAUCUGAACCAGUCACAACAAGACAAAACCAGCCUUGAGUUGACUUUGAAACAGGUAACAGAUGCUAAAGAGCAAGUAGAGAUUGGAAUGAUUCAAGUAAACAGAGAGAAGAAGCAGCUGAAAGCCAGUUUAGACGAGCUGUCUGAGGAGAACAAACAGCUGCAGACAGACAUCCAGCUGUUGACUGAAGAAAAUCAGAAGAUCCAUCAGAUGACUGCAGAGAAACAGAAAGCUGAAUCCACCCUCAGACAGGUCAUGGAGGACAAAACCCAGCUAGAUGUUACACUCAGUGUGAUAAACCAAGAAAUUGUCCAACUGAAGGCUAAACUAAGCGAGCUGACCUCUGAGAAAAAUAACUUGGUCAUUAACUUGAACCAGGUAGUUGAGGAGAAGCUUCAGCUGGAAGUGAACUACAAUCAGCUGGGUGAAGAGAACAACAAACUACAAUCUAGUGUGAAACAAGUGGCUGAGGAGAAGCUGCUGCUACAAGAGAGCACAGAGAGGCAGGCAGAGGAGGCGGCUGCACUGAGAGAGCAGCUCCACAUGAUGGACAAGAGGAUGGAAGAGGAGAACAAACAGAGGAGCCAGCAGUUUGAGGCGGAGCAGGCAGAAGUGCACCAGAAGCUGGCAGGCUUAAAACAGGAGCUGAUGGUGUUCAAGCAGCAGUACGACUCCCUGCUGGAGCAGGUGGGCCAACAACACGGCCUCAUACAGCAGCUCUCACACACACACAUGGAGGCUGAGGACACACAGGAGACUGGUGUUUGUCCAGGAGAAGCAGCAGCACAGACUGAGCACUCGAGUCCUGCAGCGUCUCAACUGGCUGAACAUUCCCACAUGUAUGACGAGGCCUUCAGUGAGGCAGAGCUGGUGCUUAAGGAAGACAUCAAUGAGCAGGAGGUGAUCCAGGAGCACCAGGAUGAGGAGAGUGACACACCUGUGGCCCAUGUUGAGGAACAGCAAACUUUAGAUCAGCUUCAUGAAGACAGCAGUAGUCCCAGAGAUGUUCUAGGGAGUAAAGCUGAAGUCUCAGAGCUUCCUCCACCUUCUUCCUGCGAUGAUGAGAGCAGACACUUAGAUCUCUCUGUGGCAGAAUCCUCCCAGGUACCAGAUGAGCUCCACGACUUCACAGAAAUGAUCACAAAACAAGAACUCCAGACUCUGCAGUCUGAGUUUCACCUCCUGAGGUCGGACCUCGCGCUGAGAAUGGAGCUGACCUCCGAACUGAAAGUGCAAGUUGAACACCUAGAGAAGAAAGUUCAUGCAGCAGAGGUGGAGGCUCAGGGUGCAGCACACAAGAUGAACAUGGCUUUGGAGGAGAAGAAAGGCCUCGCUGAACAGCUGUCUCAGCUGUCAGAGGAGAGGGACACAUUAACUCUGCAGCUGCAAACAGCCAAAUUCCAGCAGGCUGAUGUUCUGGAAAUGUUGGAAGGACUGGAGAUGGCCAAAGGUGGGUGGGAUGAGAAAUUCCUUCAGCAGGAGAGUGAGCUGAAGAGGGUUCGCUCUGAGAAAGCCAACCUGGAGCAGCACAUCCUGGGCAUGGAGUCUGAGCUGGAGAGCCUGCAGGGAGAGAGGAGCACACUGAGGGCUGACAUGGAGAGCCAGAGGAGGACGUGUUCAGGCAUGGAGCAGCAGAUAGAAACACUCAGGACAGAGACAACCCAGCUGAGGUCUGAACUGGUGUCCUGCACUGAGGAGCGAGAUGACCUGGACCAGUCUUUGGGCCAGUGGAGAGAGAAGGUUCACAGUCUGGAGAAGACUAACUGUGACACCAGAAACCUCAUUUCCAUUCUGGAGGAUGACAUCAGAGCGGGGAGAAAGGAGUAUGAAGCCCUGCAGAGCAGCAUGGACAAGCUGAAGACAGAGAGACAACAGCUGUUGGAGCAGAUAAAGGCGCUGGAGCAGGCCAUAUCCCAACAGAGCGGAGAAAGGCGGGAGCUCAUCGGGCAGCUGGACAAGAUCAAAGAUGAUCACACGUCUGCCAAUCACAACACUGAGUCCAUGGUCUGCAAGAUCCAGGUCUUGGAGGGAGAAGUGUGUCGUCUCUCACAGUCUCUGGAGUCCUCUCUGCUAGAAAAAGGAGAAAUCGCCUCUCGUCUGAACUCCACACAAGACGAGAUCCAACAAAUGAGAACUGGUAUCGAAAAGCUCCAGGUCCGCAUCGAGUCUGACGAGAGGAAGAAAAAGAAGAUGGGAGAGCUUCUCAAAGCUGCCCAGAGGAAAUCUGACUCACUGCAAGACCGCAUCAAUGCCCUCGAGCGAGAGAAGGAAGACGAAGAGCAACAGCUAGAGGAAGCUGUGUUGCAGGCGGAAACAGCCAAAGCUGAGCUGGAGGAGGAGAGGACAAAGGUAGAGGAGGAGAAGAAGGAGCUCAGGGAGAAACUCACAGAGCUCUCUGCCACGCUGGACAGCCUGAGAUCUGAGAAAGAAAGCAUGGAGAGAGAGCUGGAGGGAAAAAACACAGAGAUACGAGAACUAAAAGCCUCUAAGGAGGAGCUGGAGAGAGGGCUGGAGAAGGCAGAGGUGGAUAGAAGAGAGGAAGAAGAAAGGCAGAAGUGCAGAGUAGAAGAGCUGGAGAAAGGAAUGAGGGAGGAAGCAGAGAGGCAGACGAAACAAGUGGAUGGCCUCCAGGCUGAACUGGAAGCCUCUCGGCAGAGAGAAAUCUCCCUUGAACAAACGAGUGCUGAAAGUGAGCAGGAGAGAGAGAGGAUGCAGUCUCUGCUGGUGGAGAUGGAGAAAGAGAAAAGCUGUCUGCAGUCUUCUCUGGAGGAGUGGCAGGCAGAAGGAGAGGAGUGGGAGAAGGAGAGAAACAAGCUGAAGACCAGUAUCGAGGCUUUGGAAGAAGAAAUAAAAGAGCUUAAAACACUAAUAAAAGUGAAAGAGGAAGAGAGAGAACUGCUGGAGAAGGAGGCAGAGCAGAGACAGGCCUCAGAAAGAUCCAUCUCCUCUCUUAUGGCGGAGAAAGAACAGGUAGAAGAAGAGAAAGAGAAACUGCACUCUAGCCUGUGUUCAUUGGAGCAAGAGAGAGAUGAGCUUCGCUGCACUCUGACAUCUGUAGAAGAAGAGAAAGAGAAACUGGCCAAUGACGGAGAGAAGCUUCAGUCCAGCCUCUCCUCCAUGGAGAAGGAGAAACACCACAUGCAGCAAACGGUUUCUUCACUGAAGGAACAAAAAGAGAGAAUGGAGGAGGAGAAACAACAACUGCAGUCUUCUCUUUCUGUGAUUGAGGCCGAGAAAAAUAACCUGUCUUCAGUUGUUUGUUCACUGGAACAAGACAAGCAAAGAGCAGAAGAAGAGAAGCAGAAACUCACACAAGAACAAGAGACUCUUCAGUCCACAGUUGCCUCGAUGGAGAAGGAGCUGGAAGCAUCCAGACUGUCUGCUGCACAGCUCAAUGAGCAGGUGUGUGAGCUGACGUGUCAGGCUGCUCGUGUGUCUAAAGAGAGGGACUCUGCCCUGAGCAAGAUGAAUCUUUGGAUGAAGACGUGCAAACAGCUGGAGCAGGAGAAGCAGGACAUGUUGAACAGCUCAGGUGACGGAAAGAGCAACAAGCAGAUGCAGACUGAACUGAGCCAGCUGAAGAUGGAGGCAGAGCAGAGGAAGAAGGAGGUGGAAGACCUGAAGACUGCCCUGCAGCAGAAGAAGACAGAGGCAGAAGAUAGAACCAAGCAGGUGGAAGAACUGGAGGCUGCCCUCGAUGGAAGGAAGCAGGAGUUAGAGGAGAGAAACAGAGAGCUGCAGGAGAUGAAGAGUGAGCUGGAUGAGGUGAACAAACUCCUGGAGGAGAAAAGCAGAGAGGCAGAUGAGAGCAUCGAUAAAUACUGCAGCCUGAUGGUUAAAGUCCACAAACUGGAAGAGACCAACAAUGCGCUGACGACCCGGCUGGAGCAGCUCACCGCUAGCCAACGUGCUAACCAAGCUAACAGCCGGCGCACAGGACAGAAGUCUUCCUCCAAACACCAGGAAGAAAAACCGGAGGACAACACUGAGAACAUGUCUCCGUCAACACCGCAGAGGUCUCCUCAGGGGUCAUCUCCAGGGAAACGGGGUCACCGUGACAUCAGUGAUAAAGACAGUGCACAGGAGGCCCUGCACAACUUGACAAAGAAGCUCAAAGCCAGCACUGUGACCACGCCCAAACCUAGACCUGAGCAGCACGAGGACGAGUUUAGACCAGAGGGACUUCCUGAGCUAGUGCAGAGAGGUUUUGCAGACAUUCCACUGGGGGAGGCCAGUCCAUUCAUCAUGAGGAGAACCACAGUGAAGCGCUGCAGCCCUCGACUGGCUGCCAGACACACUGCACCUGAUGGCAAGGCUUUGGGGCCCAUAUCCCUCCAGAGUCCCUCUGCAGAGAGCUCCAGCAGGAAGUGUCCCCCAGCGAGUGGCGAAGAGAGUUCACUGAGUUUAGACAACAAAGAGAGUCGACAAGAAGACAACUGUCACGUCCAGUAGACACACAAAGACACACGCACACACACAGGCUGGCACUUGUGAUUUAUUUGUAGAAAUACACACAUGGACAAAUUACUAUCUAAUUAAACACUUUAGAUGCACCUUUUUUUCUUUGUUUUUGGGGUUGGGAGGCUG